CCUAGUGUUUCCCUGUCAUGGCUGCUUCCAGUUAGAGAGAAGGUGACAGAGUAGGCUGAAUUCCUGGCUAGUGUGUACACAGGAACAUGACGUCUAUUUCAGGAUGUACACCUGACUGGAACAUGGGCUAAUGAAGACAACAAAGCAGGCAGUUUGCAUCAAAAGCGUGAAAGACCAGAGAAAGGGAGAAGGUGGACAGGUUGUGCUUUGGAAUCAGCAGGGCCCAGCGGGAGGCGUGCAGCUGCCAAGGUGUCUUAAGUCCUUCUUUUUGAAAAAUCAAGAGGAUAGUAAGGAAGUAAACUUUUCACUGAACAGAAGACUAUAAAGCAAGAGCAACUUCUUUCAUGUGAAUUGCAAAAUGCAAGAACCUGCACCCCAAAGUCGCCAUCCUUUGCAGUCUGAAGAAGUUGGGUUUGACCCGUUGCAGAGUGAUCUAGGCAAGCAUGAUAUAGGAAUUUCUGUGGAUGAAAAAAGAUCUCAGCCAGUCUCAAAUUCUGAACACAUCUUUAUAUCAUACAGCAAAGAAUGGGAAGAACUUUUUGUAAACAGCAAUUAUUUGGCAGCGAUACGUCUGAAAGGGAUUAAUGGGCAGCUGAGAAGCAGCAGGUUCCGGAGUGUUUGCUGGAAGCUGUUUCUAAAUGUUUUACCCCAAGACAGAAGCCAAUGGAUAAGUAAAACGGCAGAGUUAAGAAUGUGGUAUAAAAAGAUUAAGGAAAUACAUAUUACAAAUCCCAGGAAAGCUGCUGGACAGCAGGACUUAAUGAUAAAUAAUCCUUUGUCACAGGAUGAGGGGAGUCUCUGGAAUAAGUUCUUUCAGGAUAAAGAACUCAGGGCAAUGAUUGAGCAGGAUGUAAAAAGAACAUUUCCUGAAAUGAAGUUCUUCCAGCAAGAAGAUGUGAGAAGACUCCUCACUGAUGUGCUUUUCUGUUAUGCAAGAGAGAAUGAACAUUUGCUUUAUAAGCAGGGAAUGCAUGAACUGUUGGCUCCUAUGUUAUUCAUAUUGCAUUGUGAUCACCAGGCAUUUAUGCAUGCGAGUGAAGCUGCAGAACCAAGUGAGGAAAUGAAAGUUGUGUUAAAUCCUGAUUUCCUGGAACAUGACGCCUAUGCCUUGUUUUCAAACCUUAUGGGAAGCGCUGAGCCUUGGUUUUCUACAUACGAGCAUGAUUCCCGCAAGGAGAAAGAUGCGAUGCUUUCCACCAUGCCAUUUGCCAGACCUCAAGACAUUGGGCCUUCUAUUGCUAUUGUAACAAAGGUGAAUCACAUCCAAGACCAGUUACUGAAGAAACACGACAUUGAACUCUACAUGCAUCUCAACAGGCUGGAAAUUGCUCCUCAGAUCUACGGAUUACGAUGGCUGAGACUCCUCUUUGGUCGUGAAUUUCCUCUCCAGGACCUCCUUGUGGUUUGGGAUGCUCUCUUCGCAGACAGCAAUACUCUAGCUUUGGUGGACUAUAUUUUUGUAGCCAUGUUGUUAUAUAUCAGGGAUGCAUUAAUAUCCAGCAACUAUCAGACGUGCCUGGGUCUCCUAAUGCACUACCCACCGAUCGGUGACGUUCACUCCCUCAUUCUCAAGGCUCUGUUUCUGCGGGACCCAAAGAAAAACCCAAGACCGAUGAGUUAUCAGUUCCAACAAAAUUUAGACUACUAUAGAGCACGUGGAAUUGAUUUCGUGAACAGGUCACGUGCAAACACAAAGCCUACUCCCCUCAAUAUAAACAAAGUGUCCAGCAGUUUACUGAAUUUUGGACGGAAGCUUAUUAUGCCAUCUAUCCCAACUGGGGGACCUAUGAACCCUAUGACUUCACCUUCAAACACCAACAUAACCCAUAGUGCUGGAAGUACUAGUUUUUCAGGAGUCAUGCCAACUCACACAGUCAUGGAGCCUUCUCCAUAUCAUGGCACUACACCUCAGCAGAUGCAACAAAAUCAGCGCAUGAUGAAGUCGGAGAGCAUGCCAGUGCAGCUAAAUAAAGAGAAUUACACUCAAGGGCCCAUUUUUGGACAAAGCCAUCUUUUUGCAAGAGAACCCUUUGUUUUGCAGAAGACAAAACCUGGAAGUUUUAGCCCCUUCAGAGGCCAAAGCUCCAAGAAUGUCAGUUCAUCUCCCAGCAUAGAGAGUUUGCCUGGAGGCCGUGACCACACAGAUUCUCCUCCUCUGUCAGCCGGGAAGAAAGAUUCCUUCUUCAGCAAUAUCUCCCGCUCUCGUUCUCAUAGCAAAUCCCAAGGGAAAAGGGAGUCUGAAGAAGAUCUUGAAGCACAAAUUUCAUUCCUUCAGGGUCAACUGAAUGAUUUUGAUGCAAUGUGCAAGUACUGUGCAAAAAUAAUGAACACUCACCUUGGACAUAUUCAGGAUGUCAUCUUAGAAGAAAAGUUGGAAAGAGAAGACAAAAUCCAGGUGUCUCUAGCAAUGUUGAAGCAGGUAAAAGAUAUUUUGAAAGGAUCCCUGCGAUUCAACCAAAGUCUUCUUGAGGCGGAAGAGAAUGAGGAGAUAUCCAUCACUGAUGACCAUUACUGCUCCAGCCUGCAAAUGAAAGAGGGGGAGAUGCAGGAGCUGGAGCCUCAUAAACCGCUACAGUCACAUCAGGAUGAAGAUGACUUGUCUGUAAACACAGAGUCUCGGCACUCGGAUGACUAUAUUUUGAUACCUAAGGAAGAUGACAGAAGUGAUUUCGACCCUGACUUAGAGUCAAAAGGUACAUUGUCGAAACCUAAAGGUACAGAAGAAAAAGAACCUUCUUCCCAUGCACUGACCUUCUCUGACCCCCUCAUGGGCGGAACAACACCUUCAAGUAUCCUCAGCUCUAGCCCAGAUGAUGACAGCAGCAACAACAGCAAAGAUUCUGACUUCACCAUUGUUAGCCCAUUAGAUAUUUAACUGUUAAAUCUGUUUUUUCUUUCUUAUGUUUUUAUACUUUGUAGAAUGAGAAACACCCUUCAUGUACUCUGAAAUGUAUAGGGAGUAGUUUUGUUACAUAAGAACCACAGGAUGUGCCAGAUCCUGUCAUUUAUGCAAGCUGCUAAUCAGAGCACAAAUAGACAUUACUGAGAAUAUAGCCAUUGUCAUUAUUGCCUUACAUGUAUAUUGACCACUAUAUGAUAUGUCUACUGGAUUCAGAAUGCAGUUCAUAGCUUUACUUAACGCUAGGACAAUGUUAGGCUCACUGGUUUUGAUUCCAAUGAAUGGCUGUGCUUGCAAGAACUAAUAGAUUUACCGAAGCUGGAGAAUCACUGGUUGCUUAACCAAGCUUGAAAAAGCUAUGUUUACUAAGAGUAUGAUACUUAAAAAAUGUAUGUCAGUAAUGCCAACAGAUGUAUGUGUUUAACCAAUAAAGUAAAUGAAGUCUAUUGUAUGUAUGCUUUAAAACAAAAUCUCACUGAAGCUUUUUACUGUAAAUACUGUCUGGUAAAUCCAAGAAUUGGGGUUAAGGACAAUGGAGGUGACUUAUUGGUACCAGGAGCAUAUGAUGUCAAAUGUUUCCUAUCACGAGGAAAUACUGUACAUACAUGUAUACUGUCUUAGUGAUUAAAGCAUAAACAAGUUCCAUUAUUGCAUUUCACUUUAUCCAAACUACAGAAAAAUAUGGUUUUAUUGUGUGCACACUAGCCAUCCCAUUUCUGUUGGAUUAUUUGGGGUCAAUUACAUAUUUUUUUUUAUAGAAUAUAGAAAAAUAAAAAAGUGCUUGCGGUGAUGGAACUUGUCAUAGCAGAACAAUCUAGAAUAGCCCACUGUAAAAACUGCCCCGGUAUAGGGAGGCAAAUGAUUCAAAACAGUGAACGUGGGGCAACAACAGCAAUGUCAAGAAGUGUGAUACAAUGGCAAUUUUGUAGGAGAAAGUAUUGCUUCAUUCCUGUUAAAGCUGGUCUGUACUGUACUACAUUAUAAGGCUAAGUUCACACAUUGUAAAGUGAAAACCAAAAUUGUAUUCUAAUAAUGUGUUCCGUUAAAUCAAAAAAUCGUAUGUCAGGGCUCUUUUUUUAUACAAUGUGUGCACUGAAGGAUGCUAUUUUAUAGAUUUUUUUAUUAGACUAUACAUUAUUAGACAGUUUAAAAAAAUCACCGCUUUGAAUAUCUAUUUUAAUGCAGUAUUUUUGUUUUUUAUUUAACAAUAUGUGAACUUAGCCUAAUAAUCUAGAAUAGCCAUCAGUCAUUGUCAAUUUUUGGGUUCAGUGUUAGAUUUUGUAUGUGAGUCCGAGGCUAGUGAAAUACAUUCCUAAUGGUGGAUCCCAACAAUUUCAUCUGGAUCUACCAAGCAACGUGUGUAGUCAGAGGUACAAGAAUGUCUUCUGUAUCAGAGGUGUCUGGCAGCUAAACUCGCAGAUCAUCAGUUUUCUCAAAGUAUACCGGUAUGGUAGGUUGUAAAGGCUUCCUUUACAUAUAUCAGUUGUCCAGUGGCGUUUUCCUCUGGUGUGCACCAAAAGGAAACUGAUAGCAGAACUGAUCCCAUUCAUUUGAAUUGGACAGCUCACAAUCAUCCGGCAUCUCAGUUUGGAUGCCGAAUGAUUGGACUUGCCGGACUGGCACCGACAGGACAAGGCCACCUGCUGCACUCCCCCAUCUGGCGACUGCAAACAAUAGACGCCAGAUGCUACACAACUGAUGCACUUCUGGCAUCAGUUGUGGCAGGUUUCGCCGGAGCCAUUGGGUAUAUGUAACUCUAGCCUUAGCAAAAUAACCUUAAUGUAACAAUUAACAUUUAUUUAAAAAAAUAUAUAAAAUAACCGGGCUUUGUUAAAAGAGUAUGUGGCUUUGAUGAAAUGGACAUGGCCAAAUUAUGUAUAUAAUGAAUAGCCAGUUAUAUACCAUUAACCAUAUGGUCCACAGGGCAGCUGCACAUACAUUAUGUCUUGCCCUGGAAGACACCAAAUCUUUACAUCUGCUUUUUGCUGUAAAUAAUUUUUCUCAGCCUUAAAUGAGUUGGCCAGGAUUAGUAAAAUAAAAUAAUUAGUAAAAUAACACUUGUCCACAGAAUUUGUCUGGUCUUGUAGCUCAGCCCUAUUAAAAUAGUAUUCUAGUGUCCCCCAAAAAAUCAUAUAAUGCUGCGGCUAUAGAUAAUUAAGAGACACUUACCUACUUCGGUCCCCCCGCAGCAGCUCCCAUUGAGGUUCCUUCCGGUCCCCAGAAGUUCAUCUCAUCUGCUUGCUGCCUAGACGAAGAUAAGGUGAGCAGGGCUAGAAAGAGCUGCAACAGGGGUCAGAAGGUAGUUAAGUAUCGCUUUUUUUUUCUACAACCCCAGUAUUACAAAUUUUUUUGGGGGGACACCAGAAUACCCGUUUAACUUGAAUCUCAUGAAGCCCAUGAACAAGUGUGGUAGUUACCCCAAAGAUAUGUUCCUACAGUUGUCUCCUCUUGCUCCUACAAAUGCAGUGAUGCGAGUAAAACCUCCCAAGCAAGUAUGUGUAAAAAGCAUAUGUUUAGAAAAAUAUUCUUGUUAAUUCAGUAAAAAACCUGACCUAAUUCAGAAACCUGACAACUAGCUUUGCAUAGAAGAGCCUUGAGACGCUUUUGAUUCCUUCUGUAUCUCGGCACAUGAACCACAGACCAACUGGGAGAAAACAUGGUGAAUUAUGGGUUUUGCUCGAGGGACGUAGCUAUAAAUAGAA